GUUACCUUGUACUAGUAACAUGGCUUCAGCUGUGGUGGACACGUCUGAUCUAGCCUCCCGAGGAAGGAUUUUAGCUAAUUCAGAACAUAAUCAUUUGUCCAAUAGCUUUGUUAACGAGGCAGUUGUAUCAAAUUCCAAUGCUAACCACAUGUCCAGUGACAGCUCUAAUAGCAUGUCAAAAUCGAAGCAUUCCACUAACAUUUCAUCAAGUACCAAAACCCAGUCCACAGAAACCAACAGUAGUAGAUCUUUUGUAAUUCUUGGCGUCCUUUUCUUCACAUCCAUUCUAGUUAUGGUAUUUAUAUAUCUACGGUUUCCAAAUAUGGAUUUAGAAGAAAAGCAAUAUAUUAAAGUUCCACAGGAUAUAGCUGAUGCAAAAAACCUAGGCCGUAUUUUAUCUCGCUACAAGGAUAAAUAUUUUUACCAAGUUCUAGCUGGAUAUUUCAUUGUCUAUAUUUUUCUACAGUCAUUUGCCAUUCCAGGAUCCAUCUUCCUCAGUAUUCUAUCAGGAUUCCUAUUCUCAUUCCCAUUGGCCUUAUUUUUGGUUUGUUUGUGUUCUGCAAUUGGUGCUUCGUUUUGUUAUUUGAUUGCUGAUUUUGUUGGUCAUCGUUUGGUGGAGAAGUACUGGCCAGCCAGGGUUGCUGACUGGCAAGCACAGGUUGCGUCUUACCGUGAACAUUUGCUAAAUUACAUCAUUUUUCUUCGAAUUACACCAUUCCUACCCAACUGGUUCAUCAAUAUUGCUGCACCUGUGAUCAACGUUCCUUUGAAGCUAUUUUUUCUUGGAACAUUUAUUGGUGUUGGCCCUCCAUCGUUUGUAGCUAUCCAGGCUGGUACCACCCUGCACGAGCUAACAUCAUCAUCAGACACAGUGUCAUGGACCUCUAUUAUAAUCUUAACCGUCUUCGCCUGUCUCUCAUUGCUGCCAGUCCUACUGAAACGGAAGCUGCAGCGCAAGUUCGAUUGAUGCCGGCUUAAAACAAUAGUUAUUUGACUCUCUCUCUCUCUGUUCUGGUAAAUGGAUCAUCUACGUGCCACACCGAGCAACAAGUGGUGGUGGCGGUGGUGGUUUGGUGGUUUGGUUUGUGGUGGUGGUGGUGGUGGUGGUGGAAAAGAUCAUUUUCUUCUUUCCUUAUUGGGAGCCCCCCACUUUUUUUUUUUCCCCCUGGUUUCAUUGCAUCUGCUUGCCAGAGAAUAGGAAGGAACGUGCGGUUGGUGAGUUGUCCGUCUCAGCGAGAGUUUUCAAAUACGUAAUUUGGAUGUGUGUGUGUAUGCGAUUGGGUAGCUACACUUGCAAUAGUGUAUAUAUAUAUAUAUAUAUAUAUAUAUGUGUGUGUGUGUGUAUAUCAAUAUGUAUA